UUUGACUGUUGAUUGCUGUGCUGAACAGACUCCACUCGGACACUGUUUGGGCCUGAAAAACUCGGCUCUGGACCCCAAAUCGCACUCCCUGCAAGGUGGCAGAUGGUUCCGAUUGAAUGGGAAGGCCAGUGAGUAAGUGAGGACGUAAAUCUCGUCGGUGUGACGAAGGCAGUGAUUCAUCAGCGGGGAAUGACAGGUGACAUUGGCUCUGCUGAGAGUGAGAGAACGCCUCUGAGGAAUACCUGUGCGAGUACCACUGCCAAUCCGCGCCCAGGCCACGUUCAGUCGUUCCAGAGUGUCACAGAGAACAACCGGACGAUGGAUCAGUCCAAGAGGAUUCUGUUGAAGAUCGGCUUCGACUUUCUGCUUCUAUUCUGCGUGGGUUUCCCAAUUCUCGUGUUCUUCCUCUGGGGCGAGCCCUACCAGCGCGGCUUCUUCUGCGAUGACUUGUCCCUGCGGCAUCCCUUCCACGAGUCCACCGUGAGGAACUGGAUGUUGUACAUCAUAGGCCUCAUUCUGCCCAUAUCCAUUAUGAUUCUCACGGAGACCAUUAUAGCGUCCAGGAAUGGAUACAGACCAAGCAACGUGAGGAUAUUCAACUGGGAUGUGCCAGAGUGGGUCAAGCAGUGCUACAUCAAGAUUGGCAUCUUUGGCUUCGGGGCAGCUUGUAGUCAAUUGACUACCGACAUUGCCAAGUACUCAAUCGGACGUCUUAGGCCACAUUUCUACAGCCUUUGUCAACCAAUUAGAGCUGAUGGCAGCACGUGCGAUGAUCCUGCGAAUCAUGGCCUCUAUAUUGAGGACUUUCACUGUUUCAACGACCAAACGGAGCGUCUGCUGAAGGAGAUGCGCCUCUCCUUCCCCAGUGGCCACGCCAGCUUCUCUGCCUACACUCUAAUCUACCUGUCGAUUUACCUCCAGGCGCGUAUGACGUGGUCAGGCUCGAAGCUCGUGCGACACGUCCUGCAGUUCGGUUUCCUGAUGAUGUUCUGGUUCACGGCGCUGAGCCGCGUGUCUGACUACAAGCACCACUGGUCAGAUGUGCUGGGAGGAGCGCUGAUUGGCGUGUCCUGUGCCGUUCUUGUCGUGCGCUACGUGUCGGAUUUGUUCAGUUAUAUGCAGAAAGAAGGCUCGUCCUUGCCCAUAUCCAGACGAGAUCUGGACACACCAACGAACGGGGAAUUGUAACUUGAGGACAAUCAGAAGAUUUUUAAAUAUGUAGGUUAUUUUGUUGUGCCAUUUCGUCUGGAAAAAUAUCAUUCUUUGAAUAUCGUGUAGGUUUAGUAAGUUAUCAAAUGUAAUUGAUUUUUUUUAACUAAUGAAUAAUUUGUAGUACUUAGAAUUUGUGAAAAUCUUGCUAGGCCUAUUUUAUUAAGACGUGCAAUAAUUGUCUUGAAUUUUUAACUCUAAAAGGAAUCGAUCAAUUCAAUCGAAUGCAUAUUGCAACUAAUUGUAGUUUUUAGGAACUUUUACAUUAACAUUCCACUCGUGAAGUCUACAGGCAAUAGUAUUUCAUGGUACCUAUGAAUUUAUCUUUACUGGUAAAACUACUGUAUUUAUGUAAGGUGGAUGAAAUCCACGAGAAGGAAGUUUCAUAGAAAAAAAUAUAUGCUACUCUAUGGUUACUUCCGUGUCUUUUUUCUCUGUCUCUCUCUGCCUGGCGAGUUGUGGAGGAAGGAAACGCCAGGUGAGCCUGGAGAGCCCUCACUUUACUGCAAUCAUUUAUGACACAGCGCACUUAUCGU